AUGGGGCACCCCAAAAACGGGGAAACCCGAAAACUGGCACCCCAAAAACCGGCACCCCAAAAACUGGCACCCCAAAAACGGGGCAGCCCAAAAACGGCACCCCAAAAAUGGGGCACCCCAAAAACGGGGCAGCCCGAAAACCGGCACCCCAAAAACGGCACCCCAAAAACUGGCACCCCAAAAACGGGGCAGCCCGAAAACGGGGCAGCCCAGAAACCGACACCCCAAAAACUGGCACCCCAAAAACGGGGCAACCCAAAAACGGGGCAGCCCAAAAACCAACACCCCAGAAACCGGCACCCCAGAAACCGGCACCCCAAAAACUGGCACCCCAAAAACUGGCACCCCAGAAACAGGGCAGCCCGAAAACUGGCACCCCGAAAACUGGCACCCCAUAAACUGGCACCCCAAAAACGGGGCAGCCCAGAAACGAGGCAGCCCGAAAACCGGCACCCAAAAACUGGCACCCCAAAAACUGGGCACCCCAAAAACGGCACCCCAAAAACGGCACCCCAGAAACGGGGCACCCCAAAAACGGGGCAGCCCAGAAACCGGCACCCCAAAAACCGGCACCCCAAAAACGGGACAGCCCAGAAACCGACACCCCAAAAACUGGCACCCCAAAAACGGGGCAGCCCGAAAACUGGCACCCCAAAAACCAGCACCUCAAAAACAGCACCCCAAAAACGAGGCAGCCCAAAAACUGGCACCCCAAAAAUGGGGCACCCCAAAAACUGGCACCCCGAAAACCGGCACCCCAAAAACGGCACCCCAAAACCUGGCACCCCAAAAACGGGGCAGCCCGAAAACGGGGCAGCCCAAAAACCGGCACCCCAAAAACUGGGCACCCCAAAAACCGACACCCCAGAAACGGGACAGCCCAGAAACCGACACCCCAAAAACUGGCACCCCAAAAACGGGGCAGCCCAGAAACCGACACCCCAAAAACUGACACCCCAAAAAUGGGGCAGCCCGAAAACCGGCACCCCAAAAACGGCACCCCAAAAACGGCACCCCAAAAACUGGCACCCCAAGAACCGGCACCCCAAAAACGGCACCCCAAAAACGGCACCCCAGAAACCG